ACAGGCUCAACCGUCGUUGUGUUCGUUCAUGGUUUCCCGGAGAUAUGGUACUCGUGGCGGCAUCAGAUGGUUGCGGCGGCGGCCGCCGGCUAUCGUGCAAUUUCUCCCGAUUUAAGGGGCUACGGAUUUUCAGACCCUCACCCACAACCUCAAAACGCAUCGUUUGAUGACUUUGUUCAAGACACUCUGGCAAUCCUCGAUUUUCUUCACAUUCCAAAGGCUUUUCUCGUCGGAAAGGAUUUCGGGUCUUGGGUUGUUUACUUGUUUUCUCUCAUCUUUCCGGCGAGGGUCGCCGGAAUUGUGUCUCUCGGUGUCCCCUUCUUUGCGCCGGAUCCAAAACGUUACCAAAAUCUUCCUGAGGAUUUCUACAUUUACCGGUGGAAGGAAACUGGGAGAGCUGAGGCGGACUUCGGAAGAUUUGAUGUGAAGACUGUACUGAGAAGAAUCUACACUCUCUUCGCCAGAAGUGAAAUUCCCAUCGCUGAGAAAGAUCAAGAGAUUAUGGAUAUGGUGGACGAAUCUACCCCGCUGCCGCCAUGGCUGAACGAGGAAGAUCUCGCCGCAUAUGCAACUGCAUAUCAAAAUUCUGGGUUUCAAUCUACGUUGCAAGUUCCUUACAGGAGAAAACAUAAAGAGUUGGGCAUUACCAAUCCGAAGGUUGAAGUUCCAGUUCUGUUGAUCAUUGGUCGAAAGGACUAUUUUCUGAAAUUUCCAGGGAUUGAAGACUAUAUAAAGAGUGAGAAAAUGAGGGAGUUUGUGGCAGAUUUGGAGGUUGCGGACUUGGCCGAUGGAACUCAUUUCAUGCAGGAGCAGUUUCCAGCUCAACUCAAUCACCUUCUCAUUGCCUUUUUAAGUAAUCAUCAUAUCUGAUUACAAGUUUUUAUUUUUUCCAAAUCCAUAUUGUUAAUGACAUGCUAUGUUAGUUGACAAUAUCAAACCAAGUUUCAAAAUAUUGUUGGGAGUAA